AUGUUCACAUCUGUCCUGCAGCAGAAAAGUCUCUGUCCAAACAUCUUGCAACAUCAAGGUUGGGCGCUGCAGCGAAUCCAAUGGCAGCUGUUGGGGUCAGAACCUCGGACACAGAUGGCCAUUCGAACAUUCACAGCCAGUACAGCUGCCAUGGUCGACGAUGGCUCAGCAGGGGGCUGCAAGUCUCGCCUUGCGAUGUUUGUCUCAGGCGCUGGUUCCAAUUUCAAAUCAAUUCAUGCAGCCUGCAGCAAAGGCAAAAUCUCAGCCGAGGUCGUUCUGGUGGUGAGCAACGUUCCCAAGUGUGGGGGCAUGCAGUAUGCCCGAGAACAGGACAUCCCAACCCUUUUGUACCCCAGUUCAAAAAAGCUUGGGAUUGAAGGCGUGCAUCCUGAUGUGUUGCUGACUGCCCUGAGAGACCAAUUCAGGGUGGACUACAUUCUGCUGGGCGGGUACUUGAGACUCAUCCCUCCUGAAGUCGUUCGGGCAUACCGUCGCAGGAUUCUGAACAUCCACCCAGCCCUCCUGCCAUCAUUUGGGGGAGCGGGCUUUUUUGGAAUGCAUGUGCACGAAGCUGUGGUGGCAUCUGGUGUGCGUCUGUCAGGCCCCACAGUCCAUUUUGUUGAUGAAGAUUUCGACCGGGGUCCAAUCCUGGCCCAGAGGGUGGUCCCAGUGUACCCAUCAGAUGCCCCUGAGGAUGUGCAAGGCAGGGUGUUGGAGCAGGAGCACUUGGUGUAUCCAGCUUGUGUGGCUGCCCUCUGUGAAGGACGAAUCUCCUGGAGGGAGGAUGGCGUGCCGAUCAUGUGGGAGGAUGGCAAUCAAUUGUAG